CCCUGAAAGCUCCGCGGGACUCAGGCGCCGACACCCGCAGGCAGAGCAAGGACCGCGCGCAGCGGGGCUCGCGCCGCCCACUCCUGCCCCGGACCUCCCGCCCGCCCAUGGUGCCCGGCGCCCAGCGCGCAACAGGGGCUUUCAUCUGCGCGCGCGGCUGAGACAGGUCAAAGGACUCAAACGAGACAAUGGACUGGGGAACAUUGCAGGCCAUUUUAGGAGGUGUAAAUAAACACUCCACCAGUAUCGGAAAGAUCUGGCUCACCGUCAUGUUCAUUUUCCGUGUUAUGAUCCUUGUGGUGGCUGCGGAGGAAGUCUGGGGAGACGAACAAAAUGAUUUUGUCUGCAACACUCUGCAACCAGGAUGCAAAAAUGUUUGCUACGACCACUUCUUCCCCAUCUCUCACAUUAGACUGUGGGCCCUUCAGCUCAUCUUUGUCUCAACUCCUGCACUUCUGGUGGCCAUGCACGUUGCGUACAGAAGGCACGAGAAGAAAAAGCAGUUCAGAAAGGGAGGGCAAACCUGUGAAUAUAAAGACAUUGAAGAAAUAAAAUCACAAAGAUUUCAUAUUCAGGGUCCCUUGUGGUGGACCUACACGAGCAGCAUAUUCUUCAGAAUGAUCUUUGAAGCCCUCUUUAUGUAUGCGUUUUACUUCAUGUACGAUGGCUUCCGAAUGCCGCGCCUAGUGAAGUGCAACGCGUGGCCUUGCCCCAACACAGUGGACUGUUUUGUUUCUCGACCCACUGAAAAGACAGUGUUUACUAUUUUCAUGAUCGCUGUGUCUGGUAUUUGCAUUUUGUUAAACGUGGCUGAAUUCUGCUAUCUGCUGAUAAAAGUUUUCCUCAAAAAGUCUCGAAGAGCAGCAUUUCCAAGACACCCCAACCAUGAGACUAAAGAGGAAACUAAACAAAAUGAAAUGAAUGAACUAAUAUCUGAUAGCUGUCACAACACAGUUUCAGGAUUUCCAAGCAGCUAAGGUGAUGCAAAUGUGAGGAGUCACUCAGUGUGGAGUGAAUAUUCCUCUUACAAAGCUGCAAAUGAAAUCAGCUACAUUAAACAAUAAAGUGGGGUGAAGGUUUAAUAUGUAAUGUCAGGUGGGAAUUAAACACCUAGUUCAAAAGAGGCAAAGCAGCAUAAAAAUGUGAAAAGUAUAUAAGGAUUAAAUAGGAAACUGUCUCCAUAAGAAUAUCCUUAACAAGGCAACUAUGACAAGCGGAAACUCACUAGUACCUCUGGGCUAGAGUCACAGAAGGGACUUAGGAGUUAGCCAACACCUAGGGACCCUGCUGCCAGUGCAAUUCACAGUGCAUAGGGAGAAUUAGGUGACCAAGAAGAGGGUUCUCAGAAGCCUGAAUGCUGAGUAGGGAGCUGCCUAAGCUAGCCAGAUGUGAAAUGCAGAGGAGAAGGGCAGGGCUUAGGUGCCUAAGCACCUUUGAGGAUUUGGACCCUAACUCCAUUUGGGAUUCUUGGCCCUGAAUCCUUUCCUGGAGUUAGGUGCCUAAGCCAGGUCAGACCUUUUUCAUCAUGAGAGCAAGACAGAACCCGUUAUAGCCAAUUGCCCAGCAGGGUUAAGGCACUCACCUGGGACAUAGGAGACCUGUUUUUUUUUGUUUUUCUUUUAAAUCCCUGCUCUGUCUGAUCUCCCCUGAAAGGUGGGAGACCUGAUCAGGGUAACAUCCUCACCAGUGGGCUGUAGAAUCAAUCUCUCAUGGGCCUACUGAUUAUUUAUACAAAGGGGACCUGUUUCAAGAAGAGAGACUGAGGCCUGGUCUACACUAAAAACUUAUGUUGACCCAGCUGUGUCGCUCAGGGGUAUGAAAAAUCCAUAUAGUUAAGUUGACUUAAUCCUGGUGUAGAUAGUGCUAGGUCAAUGGAAGAAUACUAUCUCUGUCAAGGAGGUGAAUUAACUACAGUGAUGGGAGAUCCCCUCCUAUUGCAUUAGUGUCUACACUGAAAGCGCUACGGAAGGUGGCCAUUUAUUGUACUUUGAAGAUGAAAAGUAUUCUAUGAAACUGAAGUGUUAACAAUAAUAGUAAUCCUGUUGGGAGAAGCGAAUACCUUGUAGAUGGUGACUCAUCCCCGAAUACCCAAUAGCCUGGUGGCUAGGGCAUUCUUACUGGACAUGGGGGAGCUGGGUUUCAGUCCCUGCUCCAAAUCACUGCUCCACACUGAUUUAAAAACAGGUCUCUGACCUUCCAAGUGAGUGCCCUAACCACUGGUCUAUUGGGUAUUUGGAGGGGUGCCCACUUGCCAGCCAGGCCCCAGAAUUCCUGACUGACUCUUGUGCAGGUUAGACGUGCUCUGGGCCUGCUUACCAAAUUGGUCUCUGGAGAGAUGGGCAGGGAAACACCUAGUUUGAGAAUUCUGCUAUGUGUAAGGUAGGGCUCCAAGCAGCUCAUUAGCUGUGGGGUGGAGUCAGGUGGAAAUCUAGGCACCUUCAGGGUUAAGCAGUAGCUGAAUGGUGCUUUUGUGAUUGGUCAUAAGCACCUAAAGAGGCAGUAAAGCACCUGAGUCCCUUUGUGAAGCUAGCCCUUUAUGCAUAUUUGAGUCCUGAAAACUAUACGUUUAACAGCAAUAAGAAUAAACUUUUUCCAGGCAAGAUAUUCUAGUAUUACAAGAUGUUUUUACUUACUUGUGAAUUCAUAACUAAGGUAUUUUUGUAAGGUCUGAAAUUCCAUGUUAUUUAGAGUGUGAUAGUGUAUGAUUGA